AAGAAUCAAGCCAUUCGAGUAGCUAUGAGUUACCAUUCCAGCCACCAGUUUUUCAUCUUGCAAUGGGUCUGAGGAGGUGGGCGGAGAAAGAUCAUUGUUGUCAAUGUUACUCGCAUGGCGUGAGCAAUGCUCAGCCCUGCUUGACGAUGAGCGGUCGAGGCGGUUCAUACUCUAUAGCACUGGGUUCGUAUCACUCGUCACGUUCAGCUGCUACGUAGAGGAAUGGAUCUUCAAGGCCCUGCCAGGAUUCAAGUUUCCAUGGAUGGUGGCUUUCGUGGAGCUCUUCGUGUUUUCGUGCUGGGCUGGCGCGCACCAGCGAUGGGUGGACGGCAGCUGGUCGAUACUCUGGCGGCGGCGGGCCCCGCUGCGGCUGUAUGCCGCGUUCGCCGUGUGCCUGGCGCUGUCGCAGUCUCUGGGCAAGGUGACCUUCUUAUGCCGGGGAAGCGUAGGGCUCGCGUGAGCCGGAGCUCGGGCUUGCGCAAGUGUUUGGGGCUCAAGAGAUCAGGACGGGGGUCAUGGGGUCAGCCAGAGCGCUGGAUCCUGCAGGAUCCUUCAGUCACCACCUACCAGACCACCCCAACCCAACCCGAAGGCCUCAAUUUGCCCUCC